AUGAUUGUGGACUUCAGGAAGAGCACUGUCCCCCCGCCCCCACCCUCCGUGAUGGACUCCCCCAUCACCUCUGUGGAGUCCUUCCGUUUCCUGGGCACCACCAUCACCCAGGACCUCAAGUGGGAGCCGACCAUCAGCUCCCUCAUCAAGAAGGCCCAGCAGAGGAUGUACUUCCUGCGGCAGCUCAGGAAAGCCAAGCUGCCUGCACAGAUGUUGGUGCAGUUCUACACGGCCAUCAUCGAGUCCAUCCUCACCUCAUCCAUCACCUCCUCCAUCACCUCCUCCAUCACCUCCUCCAUCACCUCCUCCAUCACCUCCUCCAUCACCUCCUCCAUCACCUCCUCCAUCACCUCCACCAUCACCUCCUCCAUCACCUCCUCAUCACCUCCUCCAUCACCUCCUCUAUCACCGUGUGGUUCACUGGAGCCACAGUCAGGGACAAACAGAGACUACAGUGCAUUGUGCGCUCUGCAGAGGAAGUGA